GAUCCAUUCACAAUUUACAUGAUGUUGGGAGGAGAUUCCACCCAAAUAUAUCUGCCUCUGUUUGAAACGGAUGUCAAUGGAUCAAUGCAGUUCUAUGGUUGGGUUUUCAUCCUCUACUUCCUGAUGCUGAUUGCGUUCUCUGUUAUGCUUGUGCUUGGCAUUAGGCGAACACACCGGGGACUGAUGCUUCCUUGGAUGAUUGCCAUGGCUGUGGCUGUAGGCUUCCAAUUCCUCUUCAGUUUAUGGCUUUGCUAUGGCUAUUACAUCUAUAUCAGCAUCCUUGUGCCUGCACUCAUGAACUGGAUCUGGAUGUCAUAUAAUAUUUACUGUUGGCUGUGUGUCUACUCACAGUAUAAAAUUAUUUACGAGCUACAGACACCAAACAUUGAGCUACUCUAUCCGUGAUUUAACAAUGUUGAUUUAAAGAUCUGACUCCACCAUUUGUCUUGUUUAACAACGCCACAUAAAAAGGAGAAUGAUCUGACCAUCAACUUGACUGAAUGAAACCGUCCAUAUGUCUAAUGCAUCAUCACAAUCUACAUCAAUAUUGAUCUAAAUAGAGUUUUAGAUUAUCUGACUACCUCUAGAUUUUCGAGCUUUCAUCUUUAGCUUCCUUAUCGAAAUAUUGAAUGCUCAAAUCAUUUCGUACUGUAUUAUUUUUUAAUAUAAAAAAUAUCAAAGCUGGUAUAUUUGAACGAUCAUAGUAUUUUCAAAUUAAAAUUAACAUAUGUAUAUUUUUCCAAAGUUUGCUUUUAAUUUUUUUCUUAAUGUACAGUCAUCCUCAUUUUAUGUUUGUAUUUCACAGAUUAUAAAGCCAAAUUGAAAUAAAUUGUGAAACUAAAAAGUUUUAAAACCACCAAGUUGGCAGAUGUCUCGUAGACAUAUUAUGCUUUUCAAAUAUUUACCAAUUCAAGUAAUGAGGAUGCAGUCUGUAGAAGUGACGACACUUUUCUCUAUUGCACUUGUAUAAUUUUGUGAUGUUUUUAUUGUAGUGUAUGAAUGCUUGUCUCUUGAGAAUUUUUUAGAGUUUUUUAGUUUCCGUAGUUUCAAUUAUUGCAUGCAACGAAGCUCUUAUCUCAUAUUAAGAAAUAUUUUUUUAUCGAAAUGACAUCUCUGCCACCUCCCCAGUUAAUAACUUGGGGACUUAAUUAAUAAUUAAGUUGAUCCACUUCUAUUAUAAAAAUAAAUAGAUUCUGAAGUUGAAGAUAAUAUUCAUGGAAUGCUAGAAAUUAUAUUAGAAACUCAUCCAUAUCAGGAAAUAAAUAUUCCAGUUUUCCAGGCUCAUUAAAAUUCGUCUUGAUUCCUCUCUGAAUUAAUUCAAUGAUGCAUGAUAUUGUUAAAGACUAAGGAAAGUGUAAUCGCAUGUAAUAUUCUCAAUUUUUUGUAAUGUAUGCAGUAAUCAACGUCUUCUAUAUGACAGACUAAGAACCAAUUCUUGAAUAAUCUUUUCUGAAUACAGAACGUUAUUUAUCCUUGUUAAAAUAUUCAAGCAUUUGAAUUAAUUUGUAUUCUAUAGAAAUAAUUUCUUAAUUCAAAUGUGUGCAUGCAAUUCAAAGUUUAAUAGCUUAUCUACCUCCAAGUAGAAUGAUGACUAUUUUUUCCAAGAAAAGAUAGGAGUAAGAAAAAAAUAUUCAAUAUGAUAUUCAACUUCUUAAGUAAUAAUGAUAUCCUCUGCAAGCUUAUUAAUCCAUACCGUCCUCUUACCAAUAUUAUUAAUGCCCAUGCCUUUCGUGUGAAUGUUUUCUGUUGAGAUCCAUCCAAAGUAUUCUUUACUCAAAUCUUUGAGCUAUUUUUAAGUUUUCUUAACAAGACAUGUUAUAAAUUUUUUGACUGGAACCAAAGACAAAUGAGCUGGACCAGCGCUUCAUUAAAGAAUGAUUAUGUAUAUUCUAAUAGAUUUUGUUGUACGAUAUAGACUCAAAUUUCGUCAUGACAAUCAAAACUGCUGUGCUGCAUCAAUGCAGCGUAAUAAGCUGAACCAUUCUCCAGUGUGUAAUUCAAAUUAAAGGUUGAAAUAUACCUUUAAAUUCAUUUUAUAUUUAUGUAUUCUAGAGUAAUAUAUUUUAAAUAUAAUAGUUAUACUUAGAAAUAUUCAAGUUGGCUUUCCAAAAGUAGACUUGAUUUUAGUAUACCGUAUGUUUUUAUUGUUAUUGUGUUCAUCUUCAUAGGCUAGCAAUGCUGAAUAUUAUUUGUAAUCAUUCUCAUUAUCCAUGAACAUGUGUUUAUCAUUAUUCAUAAAUAUUAUUAGAUAUGAUUGCAAUUACAUUUUGUAUUUAUUAAAAUGUCUUAUUUAUAUUA